AUGAAGGCAACAAAAGUCACAGAUAAGCAGCAGCAACACCAGCAGCAGCAGCAACACCAGCAACAGCAUCCGGCAGAGCAGCAGCACCAGGAGAACCGGAAGCAGCAGCAACAGCGGCAGCAGCAGCAGUGCCAGACGCAGCAGCAGCGGUGCCAAGAGCAGCAACAAAGACAGCAGCAUCAGCAGCACCAGCAGCAACAGCAGCAGCAUGAGCAGCACCAGCAGCAACGGCAGCAGGACACCAGCACCAGAGGCAGCAGCAGCAACAAAAGCAGCAGCAGCAACAGCAGCAGCAGCAACAGCAGCAGCGACAGCAGCAGCAGCAGCAGCAGCAGCAACAGCAGCAGCAGCAGCAGGACCUGCAGCCUAGCUGGUGCAAUGAGGAGGGGGGGUUUUGCUUCUGGCCAAAGCGCAGCGCGCGUCUGCAGCAGCGAGAGGACCCCCAAGUGA